UUCUCUCUACUUUCUUCCAACAAUGGCUGCUAAGUCCUUGUUCCAAAGCCCUAAUCUGAAACAUGUUCCAUUUCUAAGAUCAGACCAAACUCUUUUUCUUCCUCAUGUUGUCUCUCUCCCCAGUUCCAAAAACACCCCCAAAAGACUCGUAGUUUCUUCUUCUGCUGUAUUAGCACCACGUAUUCUUACAUCUCCGGUUGCUACACCUCGAGCUCAGGCCCCAUGCUCUGGUGAAGAAGUGACUACUGUACCGUUGGCUAGGGUUUGGAGAGAGAUACAAGGGUGUAACAACUGGAAAGAUCUCAUCGAACCUUUAAACCCUCUUCUCCAACAAGAGAUCACUCGCUACGGCAACUUAGUCUCCACAUGUUACAAAGCCUUCGACCUAAACCCUAAUUCAAAACGUUACUUGAACUGCAAGUAUGGCAAAAAAACUCUACUUAAAGAAACCGGAGUCGACCAACCUGAGGAAUACCAAGUCACCAAAUAUAUCUACGCCACACCGGACAUCAACAUCAGCAUCAGUCCGAUACAGAACGAGGCGAAUAAGGGCGCACGCUGGGUAGGCUACGUCGCCGUUUCAUCUGAUGAAUCGGUAAAACGUUUAGGGAGGAGAGACAUUGUUGUGACGUUUCGUGGAACGGUAACUAAUCCCGAAUGGGUCACAAACUUCAUGAGCUCUUUGGCUCCAGCUAGGUUCGAUCCCCAUAACACACGUCCCGAUGUGAAGGUGGAAUCAGGGUUCUUGAGUUUAUACACAUCUGAUGAGAGUGAGAGCAAGUUCGGACUAGAGAGCUGCAGAGAGCAGCUUCUGUCUGAAAUCUCGAGAUUGAUGAAUAAGUACAAAGGAGAAGAAAUGAGUAUAACACUCGCUGGACAUAGCAUGGGAAGCUCGUUGGCUCAUCUUCUUGCUUACGACAUUGCAGAGCUAGGUUUAAACCGGAGGAUAGGUGAGAGAGAUGUACCGAUAACCGUCUUCUCUUUCGCGGGUCCUAGAGUUGGUAACUUGGGGUUCAAGAAACGUUGUGAGGAGCUAGGGGUUAAGGUUUUGAGGAUCACUAACGUUAACGAUCCGAUCACUAAACUUCCAGGCGUUUUAUUCAAUGAGAAUUUUAGGGUUUUAGGUGGUUUUUAUGAGCUUCCAUGGAGCUGUUCAUGUUAUGCUCAUGUUGGGGUUGAACUCACACUGGAUUUCUUUGAUGUUCAAAACAUUUCUUGCGUUCACGAUCUUGGGACUUAUAUCGAUCUUGUCAACAGGCGAAGAAUAAGCUCGAAAUCAGCAGAUUCUGAUAAAGACGAGGAGAGUAACAAUUUUUCAUUAGAGUUUUUGAAGAGAAAGGGUGAGAAUAUGAUGUUGUUGAAGGGACAACGAAUGAUGCACUGGACCAACGUCGUAGAUCUACUAUCUUCUGUCUCUGAUCAUAUGUUGUAUUGUAACAUUUUCUAGCCCUAGUCAUUUAAGCUAGAUUUAGGAUCAUGUAAGCUAGGUUUAGUUAUAAUGUAAUAUUUCCAAUCCUAUCCAUAACGUACAAAGCAUAUAUGCGGAUUGUUCUCACUAUUUCCUUAGAUCACAAGAAAGUGUAGAUUGUUUAUAUACAUGUGCAUUCGAUUCUAUGUAUAUGUCUGUUUGUUCUUAUCGAAAUGUAAUACAGGAAUCAUAGAUUGUCAAGCAAGUACACAUUCAUUGGACAAACGUUCUUUGAGUUGAAUAAUAU